UCACCGGAGUAGUCUUGAUUAACGCUACGUGAGGAGGUCGUGCUAACGAGCAUAUAAACCGUUAUACUUCCUUCAUUGUCUCAUUAAUUUUGUCCUGUUCCGUAAAUCAACUACACAUAAAUUCAAUAAUGUUUCUUUUGCGCUUUUUGGCUGGUGCUAUUCUGGCUUCAUCGAUGAUAUCCGCUCAGAAUGUCUCCUACUGCACGGGUGAGGUAUGCUUUGCCGUGAACAUACCAGCCUCGACUGCUUCGAGUGGCUCAGGAGAUAUAUAUAUACAGAUGAGUGGACCAGAUACAAUGUCUUGGAUAGGUAUUGGACAAGGAUCCGCUAUGAGUGGUGCCAACAUUUUUGUAAUGUACGCCGAUUCGACUGGGAGCAAUGUCACAAUCAGCCCUAGGCUCGGUAUUGGGCAUGUAGAGCCAAAUUCCGACACUUCUGCUCAGGUCACUUUACUGGAUGGUUCUGGUAUAAUAAAUGGUCAAAUGAUAGCCAAUUUUAGAUGUUCAAAUUGUGAUAGAUGGAGCGGCGGAUCUAUGAGCUUCACUGAUUCUUCCUCAGCGUGGAUUUGGGCCCAUAAGACCGGCGCUGCAUUAUCAUCCAACAGUGUUGAUGCAGAUAUCGAUUUUCAUGACGCAUACGGAGUAGCCAGUUUGAAUUUACAGACAGCCACGGGCGGGGCAAGCACAAACCCAUUUUUGACGGCUGGAUCCGUUUCUACGCCUAGCCAAACAUCUUCUGGCGCCAGUGACGCUGCAAUUGGGCCAUCUGACAUAUCGAGAGUGACCAUUGCACAUGGCGUUUUGGGUUCCCUUGCCUACGUCAUUCUCCUCCCUUCGGGUGCGAUCGCGAUUAGGAUCCUUAAUUUCCGUAAUUUGCUAUGGCUUCAUGCCGGCUGGAUGGUUGGCGCUUAUUUAAUCGUACUUGCGUCACUGGGAAUGGGGGUAUGGAUUGCACACAUGUCUAAUCUUCUCGGCAGCGCCCACUCAAUAAUCGGCCUUGUUGUGGCCGGAUGCUUAUUACUUCAGCCUAUCACUGGAUUGAUACACCACAUGUUAUAUAAGCGUCGUGGUGGUCCCAAUGUUGCAACUUAUCCCCAUGUUUGGUGGGGUCGUGCGGUUAUUACUCUUGGUAUUAUCAACGGUGGUUUGGGUCUGAGGUUAGCUGACAAUAGUAAAAAGGGUGAGAUCGCAUACGGCGUGAUCGCAGGUUUUGUGUGGGUUCUUUGGGUAGCAGUCAUUCUUUUUGCAACAGUGAAAAUCAGAGAGCGUCGUGGCAGUGGUAUGGAUGUAUCUGGAGCCUCGGUAAUCAGGGAUAAGUCAAGCACUGAAGGAUCCUACUUCCACGAUAACUCGCCGCCUCCUCAAUCUAUGCAGGAAGCACAUGAUCUUGCUAGAUUACCUACAUCUCAUCGUACUUAAGCCUCAUGAAAUUUUUUCAUGCAUUAAAUUGGGACGGGAAUAUAUGAUAGAAGCCAGGAAGCCUGUCUAGUCGGGCUGGAUGCUAGUAACACAGGAUGGGCUGGGGGGGGCGCUUGUUUUCAUAUUGUUUAGCGAAUAUUCUUCAUCUUCGUCUUGGACAUGGGUAUUUGACACAGUUAGAUUUUACUACAUUAAUUCCAUUGGUUCUACCA